CCUGGGAACUGGGAACGCAGUUAGAGCCGGUCUCCGCGGCCCCAGGUCUCCGCGGCCCCAGGUCUCGGCGCCCGAGGUCUCGGCGCCCCAGGUCGCGGUGCCCACCAUGCUGCUGAGUCCUGGCCUGCUGUUGCUCCUCCUCAGUGGCCUGCAAGCUGUUAUUGAAGCAGAGGAAGUCAGGGCCCUGGUGGGCAGUGACGUCAAACUCAGCUGCGUCUACCCAGGAACAGAUCGUUUCGACCUAGACGACCUGUUUGUCUACUGGCAAGUCAGCGAGUCAAACGCAGUGGUGACCUACUACCUCCCCGAGAACAGCUCCACAGGCCUCGAGGACAGCCACUACAAGAACAGGGCACACCUGUCACUGGACAGCAUGCAGCAGGGGGACUUCUCCCUGCACCUGCGCAAUGUCACCCCCCAGGACGAGCAGAAGUUCAAGUGCCUGGUGUUUAGGAAAUCCUUAGAGCUGGGAAGGAUCUUGGAAGCCGUGGUCACACUGCACGUGGCAGCCAACUACAGCAUGCCGGUGGUCAGCACGCCCAGCCGCCCCUCUGCAGAGCAGGAGCUCACCUUCACCUGCGUGUCUACAGACGGCUACCCGAGGCCCAGUGUGUACUGGAUCAACAAGACGGACAACAGCCAGCUGGACCAGGCCCUGCAUAAUGACACGGUCUCCCUGAACCAGCGGGGCUUGUACGAUGUGGUCAGCGUCCUGAGGAUCCCUUGGGCGCCCAGCGUGAACGUCGGCUGCUGCAUAGAGAAUGCGCUUCUGCACCAGAACCUCACGGGGACAGAAACCUUCAUUGGACCUGAAGCCAUGGUGACAGACAGCCCAGCGCGUCCCCACCAGGCGGGGAGUGCGGCCGUCCUCAGCGCCCUGGCCGUCCUGCUGGCGGUGGUGAUCGUGGCUGUGGCCACAGGCUGCCUGUGCAGAACCAGGUGUCCCCGUCGCAGCUACACAGGUGCCAGGUUCGUGCGGUAGGAGGAACAGCCCACAGACCAUGUUUGACAGGAACUCACUGCCCAGGACGGGGACAGGGCUUCUCUGAGGUGCCACUGGGUGAACAUCAUACACAGCUUGGUGACAAAGGGGACAGUGAGCCACCUGCCCAUGUUGUCUGCCAGGACAGGAUCCACCUGGCCAGGAGGGGUCAAGAGGCUGACCCUGGGGAGAUGCCUCAGACACUGCCCCACCCAGAGCGAGGUCCUUCCCAACAGGGCAGCCGCACAAGUGCCCAGGAGCCCGCUGAGCCUCUGCGCUUCAGCACCAGGCUCCUCCCAAACCAGGAACCAGGCACAGGCCUCGCAGGGCACAGGGGUUCCUGAGAGCCAAGGAAGGAGGAACGUGCACCUGCCCUUCCAGGAUGACCUCUGUGACCGCCGGAGCAUUGAGGGUGUUUGCAGGAGACCUGACCCAGGGCCUACCAGCUGCCGCCCUGCCGGGAGCUCCUGUGUAGUGUGCGUUGUGUGUGCACACCUGUGUGCGUGCGUGCAUGCGGGAAGUGGCCAUGCCGGAAGCCCCGAAGACCCGCUGGACUUCUCUCUCCUCUGGGAUCCCUGCGGAAAGAGCACUGGAUCUGGCCUGUUCUGUCAAAGGCGCCAUCGUCCUCCUCAAGAGACACAGAGGUGGUGUGCUCCAGGGCCCACUGCCUGGACGAGGGGCCUCCUGGACCUGCCGCUACGCGGGGUACAGGGACCUGUCCCUCUCCUCUCCCCACUCAGCACUAAAAACACACGAGCAGCAGAUGUGGGCUGCACCCCAGUGACCGUCAGAGUCCUGCAGGAGGGGCUGCCCAGUGGAGGCCGAGGUCCCCUGCCAGCCACGAGGUCUGUCACAUUCCAGCAGCAAUUCCCUCAGUCCCCCCCGCCCCCCACCCCCCCGAGGACUCCACAGUGUGAGGCCUCCUGUCCAGUGCCAGUCUCUGCAGCCCGACAGGCCACUCCAUGACAGGCAUCAGCCCUGGCCAAUCCUCCCAGGGCGGCCUCCGUGUGGCUGUCCAGAAUGGAUACAGCAGGCCGCUGUUGCUGGGGGCACACCUAUGUGUGUGUGUGCACUUCCAGGUGAGCCAGGCGUGGCUUCCCCUGAGACAUAAGUCUGACCCCUGGCUGUGGGCAAAUGCCCACCCUCCUCCUGCCCAGAGCCCCCCAACAGCCCCCAUGGUCAGGGCCUGUGUGUCACGUCCACGGUCGCUGGGUGCUAACAGGUGUGUGAGGGGUGCACUUCUCACCCAGGCAGAACAAGACCUCACACUUGUGCUCACAGGCCUGUCACAGAGCAUGGUGAUGGAGCCACCCACACUUCACCAGAAGCAUUAGGGAGUGUGUGUCCACUGUGAAAGAAUGAGGUAGCCGGGUGCAGUGGGACGCUUUGAGCUCCGUGACUCGGAGGCUGAAGCAGGAGGAUCCCAAGUUCCAGGCCAGCAACUUAGUGAGACCCUCUCUCAAAAUGAAAUAAAAACGGGCUGGGGUGCC